AUGAAGCACCGAAAACCAAAGGCAUUUCUGCUUGCGCUCCUUGCGCUAGUUGAUCCCUCGACUGCAAUCCCAUACACUCCAUCUUCCAUCUUCCUUUCCCCACAACACAAUGACUCCCUCGCGUACAUCCUCCGACCUAGCUCCACUGGGCAAACCGAGUUUGUCUCCCUCAACCUAUCCACCAGUAUCGAUGCCGAGAAUCUAUCUUACCAAACCCUGCUGAAGAGCACGCCGUUCAACAGUUCUGAUCAGAAUUCAAGCUUUGUUGCUGCCAUCAAUGAACAAGGCCUUAUCACAGUCUACUCGGGCAACUGUCACAGCGCAUCCGAUAACCCGGUACUAUGGCAGUUCCACCCAAACAGCAAAAGCUCAAUUGGCAAUGGAACUUGGGACAGACUGCCAGUCAUUACCAGCGACGCAAAGACCGCACCGAACUACCUGACGGCAGCCUUCACGUAUUCGACAUCCCACCACGAAGAUGAGAGCUCCAUGUACGCUUUUGGUGGGAUGUGUCCAUUCGCCAACAGCACGGACGAAACAUGGGUCUCGGCAGCCAACUAUUCCCAGUCAACGGUCGUGUUAGGGCCGAGCCCCUACUAUAACACCAAGUUCACCGCUGCCACUACCGGAAAGCGCGCACCGCCCGUCGCUGAAGCUGGAAUGGCCGUCGUGCCGCUCCAGCCUACCUAUGCUGCCGGGUCUACGGGGAAACAGCAGGACUUUUUGUUUCUUGGUGGUCAUACCAAGCAGGCGUUCCUUAAUAUGUCACAACUUGCCAUUUUCUCGCUGCCGCAGCAAAGCUGGAGCUUUGUUUCUGCAACCUCGAAUUCGACACCAAAGACUGAGCUGACUGCUCGGGAUAUGGUUUCCAUUGAGCCCCGUUCCGGCCACACCGCGGUUCUCUCGGAAGAUGGCAAUAGAGUGUUUGUAUUUGGAGGUUGGGUGGGCGAUAUGAGUAUCCCUGCCGAGCCGCAAUUUGCAGUUCUGGAGCUUGCAGAAGGGUUUGGCGGGGCCACAGAAUGGAUUUGGACAGCACCCUCUUUUGAAGGAUUGGGGAUCGCGAAGGGAGCUGGAAUCUUUGGACAUGGAGCGGCAAUGCUCCCUGGGGGCGUCAUGAUGAUUUCUGGGGGCUACAAUAUCCCGAAACCAUCCUCGAAACGGGCCUCAGCGACUGUGCAGUCCAACUCGCGAGUCUAUCUCUACAAUGUGACUUCGAGCAGCUGGGUCACCUCUUACCGCAAUCCUGCAGCCAGUUCAUCGAAUGCGUCCUCCAAUUCUGGCAAGCUUUCAUCAUCCCAAAAGGCCGGCUUAGGGGUUGGAUUGGGUAUUGGAUGCCCCGCUGCUGCGGCCAUCAUUUUGUGCGGAUGGAACUACUACCGAAAGCGCCGCGUAAAGGGCAAGCGAGACUCGCAGCUACGGGAACUUGCUUUGGGAGCAGAACGAGCUCACUUCUGGGCCCGAGAUUGUCCAACCCAAGCAAGUAGCAUUCGGAGUUCUGGAAUGAGCCAAAAAAGAGAUGCCUCCAUGUAUCCUUGGUCGGCAAAUCAUAGCCAGACGACACGACCAAACUGGAAGGAACAGGGCGAAGGCACGGCAGAGAAGACUGGCCUGCUGAUGGACCCUACUAGUCCAUUCAAGAAUAACCGACCCCCUGUGGUACCUCCAGUGAACAAUAGACCAUUCUCAUAUCGAAACAGCGAAUACAGGCGCGGUGAUGUUACCGGUGAUAUCCACCCUAUUGAUGAACGCGAGGAAGAUGAAGCGAUCUUCCGAGAACAUCUCAUGGCAACCAUCCCAGCUGAAACACGACCCACGGUUAAUACGAUGGAGCCCGAAGACCCCUUCUCAGAUACCCCCUACGCAACUCCUCGGAGCACCAUAUUUGGCGUUGGCCUAGGUCCUUUCUACAGCCGGCGAAAGGAUAUUGGGUCUGUGGAUGUCGAGUCCCCGACAAAAAGCGACCGAACAGCCACCAACUUGUCAGACAUCUCAGCUUUCUCCUUCCCGUCCAUCCAGCCUGUAGGCAAGGUCAACCAAGCACGAGGCAUCGUUGUUGAUCGACCUUUGAGCUGGGGCAGCGGGCGUCAGUCACUGGAAUAUAUCGCCGCAGCCUCAACACACAGCGACCCAGACGGCGUAGCCCCCCUCGGUGAAAUCAGUAUCAGCGGAUUCCUACUCUACAGCCCAGACAAACAUUCAGAGAACGAGUCCCUCCUAUUCGACACCCUCGACCAAACCGCACCCUCAUCCCCCUCAAAACUGCCCCGAGAAUCCAAACCCAAAGCCUCAGACUGGGUAAUGAACACCAUGCGUCGAGCCCUAACAAUGACCCGCCGUAGCCCCGACAGCGUGCUAUGCUCCGAUACCAAUACAAAUAGCACAGUGCACCAUGCCUCCGGAAUUGACCGCCGCAGCACGCUAAGCCAACAAUCCACAGCCUCGAAUCCUAGCACGCCGCGCCGAGCAGUCAGCGCUUCGGCAGAGUUAUUCCGCCGCAAGCAGGGUGCCAAAGAUUGGAACGCGAGCAAGCGUGUUUCUGACGAUGUGUUCAACACUGCCCGGUCUACACGCGAUGAUCUUUUCAUCGGUGCACCGGGAUAUCUAGGUAACGAAGCUGGCUUCGGGGAUGACGAGGAAGAUGUCUAUGAUUGGGACUUGGAGGGUGCUGCUGAAGGCAGACGGGUCCAGACCACCUUUACCGUUCCUCGAGAGAAACUCCGUGUCGUUAAUGCUACCGCUGGCGAUAUUGAUAGUAUGUCUGAGCGCUCUGUUAGUUGGGCCACUGGGAACCGGAGGGUUAGUACCUAG